GAAAAAACACUCCAUCUCUUGCCGUCUCUCUUUGCUAAACUUUGCUUUGCUUGCAAAUUGUAAUUUUCUAUUUGAAUUUGGUCUAUUAAUUGUUUAAUUUAUAUAAUCAUUACCCGAAAAUUUGAAAUGAAAAACUUUAAGAUACAGUAAUUCUUUAUUAAUCGGACAAAUUUCGGCGAAUUGUAUCUGUAAUGCGUAUUGUUUGAGUCAAUAGGUCAUCGAGUCGUGUUUCGGCAUAUACUGAAUUUUGUUCCGGAGCUUUUACAACAAAAAUGUAGAAUGUGCGAUUUCUAAAAAGCAAAUUUUAUUAGUUUUCAAACCAAAAAUUUUUUCUUUUUGUGUCAUUCUAUCCGAAGUGACAAACAUGUUAUCCAGAUUCCAUCAUUAUCAUGGGUCCAAUAUUAUUUUAUUCGAAGAUAACACGGUUGCGUUCAGAAAAGCAAGUUUUGCUCAUGGGUUAACAUUUAGUGAAAAACCUUUAUUGCCAGGGGAAAUUUUUCUAGUAGAGAUUGAAAAAACGGAGCGUGGAUGGAGUGGUCACAUGCGUCUCGGAUUAACACUGCUAGAUCCACAGACAGCAGCUCUGGGUCAGAAAGGCCUACCGCAAUAUGCACUCCCUGAUCUAGCGAAUACUGGUAUGUCUUGGAUAUUUCCUAUUUCAAAGUCACAGAACAAUGUACUCAUUGAAUUAGUGAACCAAGGAACGAGUGGGCGUCGAGAGAAUGAACCGCGCGUUUCUGUGUUAGGAGAUGGUCAUAGUGUCAGGACACCAAGAGGGUACAUUUCUAAGACUGUUCUGAGACCGCAGACAAUAGCACAAAAUGGAACUCCACAAGGGAUUUUGCCUAUGGAUACUGGUAGUCGCAUAGGUGUUAUGUUUGUUCCAUGCCCAAAAAUAAACAAAGAUGAUGCUGAUUUAGCUGAAAUGCAUUUCAUUAUUAAUGGUGAAGACCAAGGACCUUGCACAAAGGCUAUACCAUAUACAAGAGGACCAUUGCAUGCUGUUGUUGAUGUGUAUGGGACUACAAAACAAGUCAAAAUUGUUCAACUGUAUGGUGUAAAAACACUACAAAAUGUGUGCCGUGAUGCAAUACUCCAAUAUGUGAACAAUGGUUCAGUGAAGUUAUUGCCAUUGCCCAAGUGUUUAAAAGACUUUUUGUUAUCAUAAACCAAGAGUUGCGAGCAAUUUCACAAGGAUCUCUUUUAAUGCUAAUGACAUUAUAGAGAGUGCUUCAGUGUCAUUACAGAUAGGAAUGAACUUUGUAUGAAUUAAAUCCAAUAAUGAUUUUUAUCAUAUUGUAAUAAUGUUAAUGUGUUAUUUACAUUACUUUUCAUUUGAACUAUAACUAUUUACAUAUAGUAUGCAUUUAAAAAAGGAAGUGUUUUCAGCACAGAAGAAUAAAUAUAUAAUUGUCUAAAUAUACCAGUUACUACACCGAAAUGAAAAAUAAGGCAGAAUGUUUGUUAUUAUUGGCUAUAGGCAGUAGGUCCAUAUAUUUAUUAAUUACAAUGAAAUACAGAAUGAAUUUCAGUGUUGACUAUUUUAUCAUAUUUCUACAGGCAUAGGUAAUUUAACUUUGCAUAAGUAAUUCCUUUGUCACUAAAAUUAUAAUUUAGCUUUUAAAUAUUAUAUUAAGUAUUGGAUAAAGCUUAUAAAGCUAUUGUAAAUUCGAUAAAAAAUGUACUGUAUGUGUAUAAAAUUAUUUUGUGACCAUUUUUUUUUUAUUAUUGGAAAAUUGGUGCUUCUAGUUGCCAAAUAAAAUUAAGACUAUCUGAAGUAGUAGUGUUCUGUUAUUACGAAUUAUUUAAUUGUAUUUUUUAUUAUACUUAUAUGUAUUAUAUAAGAUGUAUUUCACUUUUUGUAUCUUAUUACAAAAAUGAAAAAUAUAAUUGAUUUUCUGUGCAUGUUAUGUUACUCAAUGCAUUUAUAUUUUUUUAUAUCAAUUAUUAUUAGUACUGUUUUUAUUAAUGUUAAAGACAUAUGCAUCCUAGGUACAGCAAGUCUCUACUGUGACAUGCUUACCAUUAACAUAUACAAAUUGUUGGUUUGUCACAUUCAUUGUCUAAAAAGUAUUUUGUGGGUUGUUGUCUUUGUGCACUGGAAGUAUAAUAAUGUAUAUAUAUAACUGUUUAGUGUAAGAUGUUUUUAAUUACUUGUUAUUUACAAAAGCCAUAUUUGAAAGUAAUGAAAUGGAAUUUGAAUGUAGAACUUGGAAUAUUAUUAUAGGCUGAGCUAUAAUCCAUUAUUUUCAUGCGAGACAUACUACCAAGAUGACAGUUUUAUAGGUAUGUCACAGUAAUAUCACAGUGUAAGGAACAACCAGUAGGUAUAUGAUAUUUAGAUGUUAUAUAAUACAGUAUACAUUAUUCUGUCUUCAACAUGUCUGUUGAACAACUAGUAGAAUAGACUUCUUUACACUGUGGUAGUAUUGAUAAUUCCUCUUCCCUAUUCUGUUACUGAUAAUUCCAACUAUAUAAACCACAUAAAAAAUGUAUUUGUAAUUCACUGUUCAUUUCAAUUAAUUUAUUAAGAUCUGAAUAUUUACAAUUUACUAAAUUUUCGUAAUAAUGGUCACUAUAAAUACGAUAAGAUGCAGGGUACCAGACUAUGUUAGAAACAAUAUAUAUUAACAGUAAUUAAUUAGGCACCAGAAUCUAUUUUCUAUACUUGAUGUAUCUAGUAAAGAGUCUUGCCAUUUUUUUUAAAUAAUAGAGUAGGGUUGUUAUUUUAAUUGUUUAUGUAUGUUAUUAGUUUUAUCUAUCUUGUUUUGAAUUACUACAAUAAAAAUAAAUGCCAAGAUUGUUUACUACCUAUGCCAAGUAUAAAAAAAAUGUAUAAUGAACUUUUUCAGUGUUGAAAACACUGUAGUUUUUAUUAUGAACUAUUUAAUUGAUAAGAGCUUUAAUAAUAUUAGAACGUCCGAGGUAUCACAUUUCGGACUCUUCGUAAAAAAAAGGCGUGAUCCAUCCAACUGAUGAUAAAAUCACAAAAGAGUUUUUUUUUUUGACACAAACUCACAGAAUAGUGCAAUUCAAUUAACGGCACACUUGAAAUUCUUUACGUGAUAUGACAGCUCGUAAAAACAAUUGUUUUUUUGUAACUAGUAGCAUUCUACUGUUGCAAUUUUUUAUUUAAUUUGUCAUUGUUUCACUGCCGUCGAAUUAGUUGCAAAUCUAAAUUAGCACGUCUCGAAUCCAAAUCCUACGCACAAUGGUUCAUUUAUAAGGCUAAGUGGCAGAAAUUGCUGGUCACAUAAACCAGUACAGCACCAAAAUUUUAAAUUUGGAGAAUGUUCCUUGAUUUGAAAAAUAAAAAAGAAAAAAACUAGUGUUUAACACCAUAUUUCUAGGGAGGAAAGGGAUUGUUAGUAAUGAGGUCUAAUAGCCCCGUUGCUAGCAAUUGACCCUCUCAGGUCGACCUCCACGCGGUUCCCCCUGGAAACCAUCAUGUUUAAAUCUUGUCGAAUUCAUCAUGGUGGGCCAACUGACCUGCAUUAAUUCUCACCUAUCAUCUUCCACUGGUGCCUCGUCGGUGUAUGCCGAUAGCACGGGCGGGGUUACCAUUCCAUUUUCAUCUAUUAAAAAAAAACACUAUAUUUCUAGAGACAUUUAUUCCAUAGCCUGACAGCGACCAUUUAGGUUCCAAGGUGUGAAAUCUUUUUAUCUGUCAUCGUUUGUAAUAAUGUAAAAUACGUCCAGCUUAUUACUUAAUCAUUAAAAUUAUUCAUCCUCAAAAAUAUUUAUUUCAAACUAACAAAACGUUCCAUUUGACAGUUUAUUAAAAGGCAUUGUUCAUUGACAGAUUAGGUCUUAGUUUUAAUCAAUUCGGAUGACUGCAACAUAACUCUUGUGUAAAUAUUUCUCUAUUAUUUCUUAAUUAUAUGACUAUUAUUUGUGUAAGAUUGUUGAAAAUGAAGGGGUUUCUCGAUAAAGGUAUAACUCGAAUCAUGUUAAUUAUGUUCGUAACUCCUUUUCCAAAACGUUCAUAGAUUUGUUAUGAUGAGUCCACUUUUCUAGGCAAGUAACAUACAACUAAGUUUAAUUGAGUAGGCUUCUACUAUAGUUUUGGAAAGAUUCUUUUGUAGUUUUGUUGUGUAGUAUAUUCUACAAGAUACUCAACAGUUAUCUUUUCAAAUCUGUAUUAAAAUUCAUCAUCAAUCUGUUGAUAUCGCCGUACGCAUGUGAUAGAACGAGAUAGCAAGGUCCCGUAUCUUACUCAAGUGUGUGAUUAAGGGGACUGACAUGUUUCUCAAAUGCUUUUAUUGUAUUAAACAGUUUUUCUGAUCUCAUAUAUGACCUAGAUAGCCAACGACUCAAUUUGUCAGGUCAAAGCGAUUUUUCUAUUAAAUGCAGCUAAAUCUACUUGAAAUUGGGUUUGAAUGUAAACCAGACAUUUAAUGAUGAUGUGGUAUUAGUAGAUGACGAUGUACAUAUUUAUAAUUAAUAAAUUAAACAAUUAUUGCACAACA